AAAGGUUUCGAAAACGAUUACUAAAAAUUGAUCAAUUUUACGGGUGCCGUGUAUUCUGAAUAAUCUUCAUCCUAUUUCGUGGUCCGAAAGUAUUUAGUGUUUGAAUCAUCAUGGCGGACUAUUGGAAGUCCAAUGACCGUAAGUACUGCGAUUUCUGUCAAUGUUGGAUAGCUGACAACAAACCGAGUAUACAAUUUCAUGAGUCUGGUCGCCGCCACCAGCAAAAUGUCCAAAAACGUCUAUCGGAUAUCAGUCGAAACAGUUACAAGCAACAGAAGGAGCAAAGCAAAGUCGAUGCUGAGCUGAGGAAAAUGAACGAUGCAGCUAUGAAGGCGUACAUGCAGGAUAUCACAGCUGGAGCGGAUAUUAGCUCGCGAGCUUUGGGCGAACAGCAGAGGGCGGAAGCUGCUGCUGCGGCUGCUGCCAUUUCAGAAGCCGACCAGGUAGCAGGACCAAGCGUUGGUGCCUGUGUACCGAAAAAGAAGAUCGGACGAGAGGCAGAUCCGCUGUAUAUUCCGGGGGAUUUUUCUGACGAAGAAGGAAGUGUACCGAAUAAGCUAACGGCUGCAGCAAUUGCCGAAGCGGCGAAGAAAAAGCGAAUAGAGGAGAUCAGUAAGAUAGGUCACGGGUCGCUUUGGGUGGAGGCCGUUUCGGAGGAAGGUUACACCUAUUAUUGGAAUAUUAAAACGAACGAAUCCAUAUGGGAACCACCGAAAGAAGGCUUCAUGAAGAAAGAAGAGUACGCCCAGAUUACUGCACUGGCACUGCAGAAGCAGGAGGAGGCACUGAAGCAGGAAAUCAAGUUCGAAGUGGACAAUGCUGAUGAAAUUGCGGCACGACUGAAACGGGAGCAGAUUGGGAAGCUUUACGGUCACAAUCGGCAGGUGAAGGAAGAGAUUGAAAGCCUAACUGACCCGAAAAGACAGAAACUGGAGGAGGAAGCGAUUCUGGAUGCUGCUGCUGGACCGUAUGGUAGAUGGCAAACGGUGGUUAAGCGGCAGGAAACCCCAGUUGACCUGCAGCUGCCCGUGGUACCUGAACCUUUGUACGUUCCUAGCGUACAACCGGAAGCGGUUCCGGAACGCAAGUUUAAGGAAAAGGUGAUUAACCACAUUCCGGGUGAUGAACACAGCUCGUUAAACGAAGGUUUCUUCAAAAAACGAAAAGUGGCUCGCAACGCCCGUCAACGAUUGGAUACGGAUUGA